CAUUCAAAGUAACGAAACGAAUGGUAACAGUAACAAAACAGCGUCCGAGAACGACUACAAAAAGUGCAAAGAAAACUCUUAAAAACGUUCAAAAAACACCAUCAAAAGUAUUAAAGAAAGUUGCGAAAGAUAAAGGAGAAAAACAGGUGGUUGCCGUUUAUGCGGAUAUAGAUCACAGUCAGUCAGAACAAAAGAAGGACAACUUAAUCAUUGUGGGUGGAAAUAAUUGGAUGAUUGGAAUAAAACAGCAAAAGGUAGUUGAUGACAGUGAAAAAAAUCUUGAAGAAAUCGAAGAAAACCAACUUGUAUACGAAGUAAACAACCUGAUAUCACUUCCAUUUAAUGACAAUGACAUACCGAUCGUUGAAGAAGAAGAUUUACCUUCGAUUUAUUCGUACGACAAUCAAACACGAGCAAGUUCUCCUGAAGAUCAUUUUGCAAUAUCGCAAACAACGGCUCAAACGAUUGAUGAAACUCAUGAGUGCGAAGUGCCAGAUGAAGUGAACAAAAAUUCAAUAUCAAGAGAGAUUGUGAACAUACCGCCUUCAGAACAAAGACGAUCAAGCAUUGAAUCCAUUCAGUCAAUCGAAUUUAAUCCUGUUAUACAAGAAGCUAUAGAGAAGACGGCAAUCCAAAUUCAUAAUUCAAUUCGAAAAACAUUCCUAAAGUCAAAUGAACCUUUGAAUUCAGAUAUUCGAACUGUUUAUGAAAAUGUACAAGAUUCUGUGAAAAAAGGCACUUCAUUACGACCUCUAUCUAAAGUAGAGCCAUCACAUAUUGAAAUACCAAAUGAACCUACAACUGAUCAUAUCCAAUCUGAAAUGCGUUACAAUAGCAAUCUUAACAAUGCUACGUCAUCAUUGGCUGCAUCACUCAGUUAUACACGAACGACAGAUACUAACCAAAGUCUAUCAUUUCGUCCGGGUAUCCGUGUCGUAGGCGAUUCAUUAAACAGUCGAGGAGGAAGUGAAACAAUGAGUUCAAAUAGUAGCAAUGAAGAUCAUGAUUACAGUGCAACUCUGCUUCAAGAUAAUGAUACAGAUGAAAUAUACCGAAUGGCGAAGAAAGGAAAGACUGUUGGACACGGUGCCUACGGAACAGUUUGGUCAUAUUUGACAUUAACCGGACGAAUGAUUGCCGUCAAAGAAAUUGAACUUGAUGAAAGCAAUAGUGAACGUGUAAGAGAAGAUUACGAAUCAGUUCGAGAAGAAGUGAAUAUUUUACGUGGUCUUGAUCAUCCAUAUAUUGUCAAAUUUUUGGGAAUAUCACUCGAAGAAACUCAUUUGGUGAAGAUCUUCAUGGAGUAUCUUCCGAAUGGAACAAUCGAACAUCUUCUACAAUUGUUCGGUCCAUUUCACGUUGAUGUUCUUAAAAAAUACACUCGCCAGAUCGUCGAAGGUGUUGCCUAUUUGCAUGAAAACAAUGUUGUGCACAGAGACAUCAAAGGCAAAAAUAUAAUGCUUGAUAUCAAUGGAAAUAUCAAGCUUAUUGAUUUUGGAUGUGCAAAACGACUUAAAAAGAAUCAAAACACACAUUCAGUUCGUCAGAUACUCAAAUCAAUGAAAGGUACGGCAAACUGGAUGGCACCAGAAGUGAUUUCUGAAACGGGUCAUGGAAAGAAGGCAGAUAUCUGGAGUAUUGGAUGUACUAUGUGUGAAAUGGCAACGGGCAAACCUCCGUGGUCCGAGUAUCAGAAUCAAUUAGCUGUUUUAUUGAUCAUCGGCAACGGAACUCGGCCUCCGGCAGAAUUACCUGAUUCUUGUCCUCUGACAGCAAAGAAUUUUUUCAAAUCAUGUCUAACACGAGAUCCUAAACUGAGACCAUCAGCUAAAGAAUUAUUACUUCAUGCAUUUCUAACUUGA